GUUCUGUUCCUGCUGGAGUUCCGAGUGGAACCUGUUUGGCAGGAGGGAGAGCGACUGGCGUGCACAUUCAGCCCACUUCUUUUCUCUCCUCAGCUGAACCCACCCGUGACCCUGAUCCUGCAGGACGACACGUGCUGGCUGGCCAAGCUUUCCUUGGUUCCUGGCGAAGGGGACGCCAAUUCGGUGAUCUACAAGAAAGAUGACUCCAUUUGGUGUAAAACCACCAGGCCUCUUUCCGAAGGAGAUGCGCUGAAGGCGUACGUCAUGGCUGAGCCGAUGGGAUUCCCUAACCACGCUGGGAAGAUCGAGGGUGGGGACGCCACUCCCCCUGUUGCUCUGCCUUCCGAAAUCCAGCUGCUUCCCCAGCAAGCGGGGAUGGCAGCCAUCUUAGCCACAGCAGUUGUCAACAAGGACGUCUUCCCCUGCAAGGACUGUGGCAUCUGGUACCGGAGCGAGCGGAACCUGCAGGCUCACCUGACGUACUACUGCGCCAGCCGCCAGAGCGCCACCUCCCCCGCCCUGGAUGAGAAGGCCAAGGAUGCCUACCCCAACGAGCGCAUCUGCCCUUUCCCUCAGUGCCAGAAGAGCUGCCCCAGCGCCAGCUCCCUGGAGAUCCACAUGCGCAGCCAUAGCGGGGAGAGGCCGUUUGUCUGCCUCAUCUGUCUGUCUGCCUUUACAACAAAAGCAAACUGUGAGCGACACCUCAAAGUACACACGGAUACCCUGAACGGUGUCUGCCACAGCUGUGGCUUCAUCUCCACCACUCGGGACAUCCUCUACAGCCACCUGGUCACCCAUCACAUGAUCUGCCAGCCUGGGUCCAAAGGAGAGGUCUAUUCCCCAGGCCCCACCAUCCCUGCUUCCACCACUAAGCCAAUGGCCCCGGGCUUGAGUUCUCCAGGUUCAUCCUCCGUGUUCAAGUGCAGCUUCUGUGGCUAUGUGGCCAAUUGCCUGACCAGCCUCCAGCAGCACGUGGUUUUGCAUAGCCCCGCAGUGACAGCUCUGCCCAAUUCAGAGCUCAAAGCUGUUCAGCCCAGCCCGCCGGAGACCCCCGCCAAAUCCCCUUUGCAAGAUGCAAGGGUGUCCCCUGCAGAGGACGCGGGGAAUGGUUCCCCUCCCCACGAUAAGAGCCCUGCUGCCAGCUGGCUUGAAGGGGCCCCACCCGUGCAAAUCAAGGAAGAGCCUUUAGAGGAGGGGGAAGGCCCUCCAGGAGCCCCCCAAGAAGAGGCAGCUCCUGAACCCGAGGCCGAGGUGGAUGCGUCCUCCAGGGUGCCCUCACCCCACAGCCUGCACUCUGUGAAGGUGAAGUCAGAGAUCACUAGUCCCACCCCGGGAUCCAGCCCAGUGCCCAGCGAGCUUGGCGCCAGCACCUCUGGAGGCACCGUCUUUCUGCCCCAGUAUAUGUUUGGCCAUGAAGCCGCCGUGCUGCCCCAGGCGUCCGAGAUCUUGGCCAAGAUGUCCGAGCUGGUUCACAGCCGCCUAAAGCAGGGCCACGGAGGUGUGCCACCCGCCCUCUUCCCAGGCACCCCCCUGCCCAAGGGCGCCACCUGCUUUGAGUGCGAGAUCACGUUCAACAACAUCAACAACUACUACGUCCACAAGCGGCUUUAUUGCUCCAGCCGCCGCCUGGCUGAGGAGAGCCCAUCGGUCCUGCGCAAAGCCAAGAUGGCUCCUGCCACGACGCCCAAAGCCCCAAGCGCUGCCGGGCCGCACCUGUCGCCCGGAGAGAGCAGCGCAGCCCAGGAGGGGGAGCCGGAGGGAAACGCUACCCUUCCCGCCCUGGAGAUCAAGCAAGAGGUCAAAGUGGAGGAGGGCGGAGCCAAAGCCAGCCCCUCCCCCGAGACGGAUGGAACCGGGCGCAUCAGCGAGGGGAGCCCGAGCCCAGGGGCCAGCUCAGUGGAAGAACCAGAGGACGACCCCAACCGGACCGUCUGCGAAGCCUGCAACAUCCGCUUCAGCCGCCACGAGACCUACAUGGUGCACAAGCGCUACUACUGCGCCUCCCGCCACGACCCUCCCUUGCGCCGGAGCAGUGCGGCUGGCAAGCUGUCCUUCCUCCCCCAGCCGAUCCGCACACGCAAGCGCCGCAAGCUGUACGAGAUCCACGGCGCCAGCAGCCACUUGGGGGCUGCCCCCGAGGCCCCGCGCCCCGAGUUGCCCCCCGUGGUCCCCGCCCUCAUUUCCAUGGUCAAGGCUAGCCCGUCUCCCAGCUCGAGCCCGGAUGCCGAGGGCCCCAUCGACCUCAGCAAGAAGCCCCGCCUGAGCAGCGGGAGCCGGGUCCUCCCAGCCUCCCUCCUCCCCCUGGCGGACUACCACGAGUGCACGGCCUGCCGGAUCAGUUUCCACACCCUCGACAGCUACCUGGCCCAUAAGAAGUACUACUGCCCAGCCACGCCCUUGCAAACCAGCACCCUGGAGCAGCUGCAGAAGAUCAAGGGGGCCGCCCCGACCCCUCUGAGGGCCCAAGGCAGCCCGGAGGGUCGGGCUGAGGAAGCCGAAGGGGUAGCAAUCAAGGUGGAGAAGGGGGAGCCUUCCUUGAGCCCCGUGGCUGCACCAGGCGGCUUCCCGGCCGUAGAGCCAUUCCAGCAGCAGCAGCGCUACCUGGAGGGCAAAGCCCAGCACCUGGCCGGUGCCAAGGUGCCCCUGGCCGUGUGCCCUUACUGCCCCAUCAAUGGCACUGUGAAGGGAGACUUGGCAGAGCACUUCCGAAAUACUCACGGACUGUUUGUGACCAAAACAGCAGCAGCAGGGCCCACGUUGAUAGAGGCCACCCGGACGCUGGCCGAUGGCAGCCCACUUCCCUCACUGCCAGCCACCUCCCCGCUCCAGCCGGCCCCCAGGCUGCCCAAGGACAGCUUCAAUGGCAAAGAGGCGCCCGUCCCUCCCCUGUCCAAUGGGAGCCCUCGACCCACGGCUUCUCCCCAGCCUCUCCUGCCCCUCUCCCCUUCCACCCCAUUGCCCCUCUCCCCGCUUCCCGAGGGCCUCCCCAGCGCCCCCCCUCCUGGGUACACGGACAAAGGUGCGCAGACCCCUUCGGGCAAAGGGCCUCCCACCCCCGUGGCCAACGGCAGCCACCGCUAUUGCCGCCUCUGCAACAUCAAGUUCAGCAGCCUGUCUACCUUCAUUGCCCACAAGAAGUACUACUGCUCAUCGCACGCGGCCGAGCACAUCAAGUAGCCCUGCCUGUCCCUUGCGCCCGAGCAGCGUCGGCCUUCUUGGGAGGGCAGGCCCCUUGCCAGUCAUGGCAGCGGAGGGCACUGCCACCCUACAUGAUCUCUGCCCUUUGGUUUGGAACCAGGGAGGGUUUGGGUUUGCAUGAAGAGCAGCCGUGGAGGAAGCGGGGAGAGGAAGAUUGAGGGCACUGCAGGGAAGCCCAGAGCCCCAGGAUGCGUCCCCGGGGACUCCUUUCUUCAGCCCGGCACACUAGGGUUGCCCCUCUUCCAGUUCUCAAGGCCGCGUUGGUCAGGGUUGGCUGAGGUAGGAUCUGGACAGCCGAGAUGAGAGCAGGUAAGGGGCUGCAAGACCGGAAUGCCACUUGGAGGACCCAUUCCUCCAAAGCUCACCCCAGCUCGUUGGCAGGAAGAGUCAGAGGCCCCCGCUGCCCCGUCCUCUUUUUCCAGUUUCUUUGCCCCUUCCUCCCACCCACCCCUAGUGGGGAUUUUGCUGUCAAGCAACUGCUACCGCAGGGACCCCUUUCGGACAGCCCUUUCCGGUUGCAGAACCUGGGUCUCAGACCAAGCACCUGCCUGGUUCCCCUUUGCCGUGGGCCAAGACUUCAUUGGGGCUGCGGAUCUUUCUCGGCGUGUCUGGCACCCCCAUCCUCCCCAACCCCCCAGGGCCCAAGAUCAGAGGGCAAAGCCAGGGGCCCCAAAAGGCUUAGAGACAGUCCUGAGCACAAGGGGACCCUCGGAGAAUGGGAGGUGUUUAAUGCUGAAGAUGUGGGGCGGC